GGGUAUGCGCCCUGCGGGGCCCAGCCGGCUGCUAAGGUCCCUGCAGGCCUUCCAUCUGUCCUAUCCUCAAUCGCGUCAGGAGAAGUGGAGACUUACUGCUCCUGAGGAAGGAAUGCAGUCUGCAGACAAAAACAGGUUUCUACAUACAUUGCUGCCUUACUGUACUAGGAUGAUGGGAUCUCGCGCGGAGCCUGGAGCAAGGGCCAGAGGGGCCGGAAACGCCCAUCCAGGUGGUGCUCAGGGUACGUCCCAUGAGCGCGGCCGAGCUGCGUCGAGGGCAGCAGAGCGUGCUGCACUGCUCAGGGACCCGGACUCUGCAGGAUGCCCAGCCCUCCGCCAGGGUGCGCCGCGCCAACCUCUGCGAGUGCCCCGCCCCUUCUGAGUGCCCGCCCACCCAAGGUGCCCGCCCCCCACAGAAUGCCCCGCCCCUCCAGGGUGUCCCACCCUCCCCAGAAUGCCCCGGCCCUAGUGAGUGUCCCCCAUCCCACCCCCAACCCAGGGUGCUCGCCCACCGAGUGCCUCACCGAGCGCCCUACCAUCCUCCAGGGUGCCCCGCCCUCCUCCCGGGUGCCCCGCCCUCCUCCCGGGUGCCCCGCCCUCCUCCACGGUGCCCCGCCCUCCUCCAGAGUGCCCCGCUCCUCCGCCCCACCCGCGCCAGGUGAGCCCUCCAGGCGGGGGUCCAGAAGUGGCGUUCCGCUUCGGUGCGGUGCUAGACGCGGCGCGCACGCAGGAGGACGUGUUCCGGGCGUGCGGCGUGCGGCGCCUGGGGGAGCUGGCGCUGCGCGGCUUCUCCUGCACUGUUUUCACCUUUGGCCAGACGGGCUCUGGGAAGACCUACACCCUGACUGGACCCCCUCCCCAGGGGGAGGGGGUGCCUGUACCCCCCAGCCUGGCUGGCAUCAUGCAGAGGACCUUCGCCUGGCUGUUGGACCGCGUGCAGCACCUGGGUGCCCCUGUCACCCUUCGCGCCUCUUAUCUGGAGAUCUACAAUGAGCAGGUUCGGGACUUGCUGAGCCUGGGGUCUCCCCGGCCCCUCCCUGUUCGCUGGAACAAGACUCGGGGCUUCUAUGUGGAGCAGCUGCGGGUGGUGGAAUUUGGGAGUCUGGAGGCCCUGAUGGAACUUUUGCAAACGGGUCUCAGCCGUCGAAGGAGCUCAGCCCACACCCUGAACCAGGCCUCCAGCCGAAGCCAUGCCCUGCUCACCCUUUACAUCAGCCGUCAAACUGCCCAGCAGAUGCCUUCUGUGGACCCUGGGGAGCCCCCUGUUGGUGGGAAGCUGUGCUUUGUGGACCUGGCAGGCAGCGAGAAGGUAGCAGCCACGGGAUCCCGUGGGGAGCUGAUGCUUGAGGCUAACAGCAUCAACCGAAGCCUGCUGGCCCUGGGUCACUGCAUCUCCCUGCUGCUGGACCCACAGCGGAAGCAGAGCCACAUCCCUUUCCGGGACAGCAAGCUCACCAAGUUGCUGGCAGACUCACUGGGAGGGCGCGGGGUCACCCUCAUGGUGGCCUGCGUGUCCCCCUCAGCCCAGUGCCUUCCUGAGACUCUCAGCACCCUGCGAUAUGCAAGCCGAGCUCAGCGGGUCACCACCCGACCACAGGCCCCCAAGUCUCCUGUGGCAAAGCAGCCCCAGCGUUUGGAGACAGAGAUGCUGCAGCUCCAGGAGGAGAACCGUCGCCUGCAGUUCCAGCUGGACCAAAUGGACUGCAAGGCCUCAGGGCUCAGUGGAGCCCGGGUGGCCUGGGCCCAGCGGAACCUGUACGGGAUGCUACAGGAGUUCAUGCUAGAGAAUGAGAGGCUCAGGAAAGAAAAGAGCCAGCUGCAGAAUAGCCGAGACCUGGCCCGGAAUGAGCAGCGCAUCCUGGCUCAGCAGGUCCAUGCACUAGAGAGGCGUCUCCUCUCUGCCUGCUACCAUCACCAGCAGGGUCCUGGCCUGACCCCACCGUGUCCCUGCUUGAUGGCCCCAGCUCCCCCUUGCCAUGCACUGCCACCCCUCUACUCCUGCCCCUGCUGCCACAUCUGCCCACUGUGUCGAGUGCCCCUGGCCCACUGGGCCUGCCUGCCAGGGGAGUACCACCUGCCCCAGGUGUUGGACCCUGAGGCCUCAGGUGGCAGGCCCCCAUCUGCCCGGCCCCCACCCUGGGCACCCCCAUGCAGCCCUGGCUCUGCCAAGUGCCCAAGAGAGAGGAGUCACAGUGACUGGACUCAGACCCGAGUCCUGGCAGAGAUGUUGACGGAGGAGGAGGUGGUACCUUCUGCACCUCCCCUGCCUGUGAGGCCCCCGAAGACAUCACCAGGGCUCAGAGGAGCAUCUGCGUGCCCAGAUGUGGGGCCGGGGUUCCAAACCUGGCCCAGAGACUGGAGGCCCUCAGAGACCAGAUUGGCAGCUCCCUGCGACGUGGCCGCAGCCAGCCACCCUGCAGUGAGGGCGCACGGAGCCCAGGCCAAGUCCUCCCUCCCCAUUGAAGGCCAAGUGGGAACCCAGGAGACUGCUGUGUGACCUCAGACUGGGCUCCGCACUCUUGGGCUUCAGUCUGCCCAUCUGCUGAAUGGAGACAGCAGCUGCUACUCCACCUGCAGCUGGGCUAGGGGCGGGGACUGGGGGUGCUAUUUAGGGGAACAAGGGGAUUCAGGAGAAACCAGGCAGCAGGGGAUGAAAUACAUGAAUAAAGAGAGGCAUCAGCUCCAA